CUUGUUACUGUCACACAGGCGAAUGGAAAUAUUAAGUUUGGACACGUAUGUUUUUAAUUCCUUCUUGGAAUUAGUCAGUGAGGGCGUAUUGUCCACAGUUAUCGAAAAGAUUCAUACAAGGCAUAGUUUUCAUCUGUACAUGAGGGUUCCAUUUCCAGCCGGUUAAUAUAUUUAUUUGCUUGUGUUUUGAGGGUUUUAAUUUCAAUUAGAUGCCAGUGGUACAAAAAGGAUUGUUCAAAUGGUGAUGUUAAAAAAGGGGGAUCACGUCUGGAUUGAUUCCAGUGUUGGGGUCCCUAUUGGAGGAUGUGUGAAGGUCUCAGCCAGUGGACAGUUUUGCCUGAUUGAUGAUGAAGGGAAGGAGCACUAUAUCCAAGAGGUGGAGAAGGCUACUCUUAAGCCUAUGCACCCCACCUCAGUGGAGGGUGUGGAUGAUAUGAUCCGACUGGGGGACCUCAGUGAAGCCGGUUUACUCAGAAACCUACUGGUGCGCCACAAACAGAGCUUUAUAUAUACCUAUAUUGGCUCUGUCCUCGUGGCCAUGAAUCCCUAUCAGAUGCUGCCCAUCUACACGGCAGACCAGGUGCACCAGUAUCACGAGCGUAAGCUGGGCGAGCUCCCGCCGCACAUCUUUGCCAUCGCUGACAGCUGUUACUUCAGCAUGCGGCGCAACAAACGCAACCAGUGUUGCAUUAUAAGUGGAGAAUCUGGUGCUGGAAAGACAGAAAGUACUAAACUGAUUCUUCAGUUCCUGGCUGCUGUGAGCGGCCAGCACUCCUGGAUAGAGCAGCAGAUCAUCCAGGCCAACCCUGUCCUGGAGGCCUUUGGAAAUGCCAAAACCAUUCGGAAUGAUAACUCCAGCCGCUUUGGGAAAUAUGUGGAGGUCUACUUUAAUAAAGAGGGCGUUAUAGAGGGAGCUCUCAUGGAGCAGUACCUGCUGGAGAAGUCUCGUGUCUGUCAUCAGGCACCUCAGGAAAGGAACUACCACAUUUUUUAUUGUAUGUUAUCUGGGAUGCAAAGUGAGCAUAAGAAAACUCUCUCUCUUGGUGAUGCAUCACAGUUCAAGUACCUGACUGAGGGCAAUUGUUUGACAUGUGAUGGUCGGGACGAUGCUGAUGAGUUCGGACGUAUUCGUGCUGCUCUAAAGAUCCUCACUUUCUCAGACAGGGACUGCUGGGAAAUCUUCAAAUUACUCGCUGCCAUUCUCCACAUGGGCAAUAUCGACUUUCAGAGCAAUACAAAGAAUAACAUGGACAGCUGUGAUGUCCUAUCAUCCAAUCACUUUUCUGUCACUGCCAAGUUGCUGGAGGUGGGUGAUGCUGCUCUUGAUAAGAGUCUUACCCAUCGCUCCUUCAUGACAAACCGAGAGAUAGUCACGAAGCCCCUCAGCUCAGAGCAGGCCACAUCCGCCAGAGAUACUUUUGCCAAGGCCAUGUACGGAAGGCUGUUUGUCUGGAUGUUCACAAAAGUAAACAGCGCCAUUCACAAACCCCAGACUGAUGAGCCCUCUUACACACGCAAGUCCAUUGGUCUGCUUGACAUUUUUGGCUUUGAGAAUUUCCCUCAGAACAGUUUUGAACAGCUGUGCAUUAAUUAUGCUAACGAGCACCUGCAGCAGUUCUUUGUGAGGCACGUCUUUAAGCUGGAGCAGGAUGAGUACAAUAAAGAAGGAAUCUCAUGGAAGCGCAUCGCUUUCAGUGACAACCAGAAAACCCUGGACCUGCUGGCCAUUAAACCUCUCAACAUACUGGCUCUGAUUGAUGAGGAGAGCACCUUUCCUAAGGGAACAGAUGCCACAAUGUUAAACAAAAUGAACACAGAACACAAUGGAAACAAGCUGUACAUGUCAUCCAAGGGCAACCAUGGCAUGAGUUUUGGGGUUAAGCACUUUGCUGGGACGGUUUAUUAUGACUGUGAAGGUUUUUUGGAGAAGAACAGAGACGCCCUUAGCAUGGACAUCUUGGGGCUCAUUCAGAAAUCUUCCAACAAGCUGCUCAAGCUGAUCUUUGAAAAGGAGAUCAAUACAAACUCAGCCAAGAACAAUAACAAAAGCAACAAAAUCGUCAUGACGCCGAAGAGCUCAUUACGGCAAGUAAAUGAUUCCAGGCGGAACAUAUCUACUCUGAGUGGCCAGUUCCGUCAAUCUCUGGACUCUCUGAUGAAGGCCCUGUCUCUCUGUCAGCCCUUCUUCAUACGUUGCUUCAAACCAAAUGACAAAAAGAUGCCCAUGGUUUUUGAUAGAAACCUCUGCAUGCAGCAACUUCGCUACUCUGGAAUGCUGGAGACCAUUAAAAUACGCAAGCUGGGAUAUCCUAUCCGGCACACCUUCAAAGACUUUCUGCAGCGCUAUCGUGUCCUCCUUAAGAGCGUGGACUGUGAUCCCAACACUGAGCCUGCUGCCAACUGCUGUGCAGCCAUCUGCAGGGCUAUGAUCAAAGAUGAAGAGGACUGGAAGAUUGGCAAAACCAAAAUCUUUCUCAGGGAUCAUCAUGACUCUUUCCUGGAGCUGGAGAGAGAGCAGGAGCUUUAUAAGAAGGCACUUAUCAUCCAAAGAGUGAUGAUUGCCCACAAGGACAGAGCAAAUUUUAUAAAGAAAAGGAGGGCAGCUCUUGUUUUGCAGAAAAACUGGCGUGGCCACAGAGACAGAAAAGAGUUUUGCAAACUCAAGCAAGGAUUUGCUCGGCUGCAGGCAAAAGUGCGCAGUCGGCAGCUCUAUACGGAGUAUAUUCGCAGGCGUGCUGCAGCCAUUACUUUGCAAACACAAACCCGUGGCUACCUCGCCAGGAAAGACCUGAAACGCAAGAAAAAUGCAGUGAUACUCCUGCAGACACAGACCAGAGGCCUGCUGGCCAGGAAAACCCUCAAGAAAAUGAAAACAGAUGCGUUUCUGACUGCACAAGAAAAAGAGGCUCAGGAACGUAUAGCUUUAGAACUUCAGCAACGCCUAGAGGAGCUGCUCAGAAAAAACGAGGAAGCUGCCAAAUCCCAGAAAAAGGAUGAGGAGGAAACUGUGGAGAAUAUCUUUGGCUUCCUUCCGAGUGCAGUGGGAGGACAAGAGGGCCCAGCUCCUGAGGGUUUUGAGGAUUUAGAGGUGGAGCCGGUGAAGUUAGAAGAGGUUGAAUUAGUAGAGAACCCUGUACAGGAGAGGAAGGCGAUGUCAAUACCAGACAGCAGCAAACACAAUCAAGAUGAAGAGGAUGAGAAGAACAAGGAAAAGGAGAAGGAGAGGGAGAGGGAGAGGGAGAAGGAGACGGAGAAGGAGAAGGAGAAGGAAAAGGAGAGGGAGAAGGAAAGGGAGAAGGAAAGGGAAAGGGAAAGGGAGAACGAUGAGUUCUCUUUCUCUAAAUUUGCAUCAUUGCACUUCCAAGGAUCUUCAACCCACUCAUAUAUCCAACAGAGAUUACGACAACCCCUGCUUCACCAUGAAGAUGAAGGGGAUACCCUGGCUUGUUUGACAGUAUGGUGGAUCAUUAUGAGAUUUAUGGGAGAUCUUCCAGAGCCAAGGCAAGAACGUGUUUCUGCUAUAGCCGACCCCAUUCAGAUGAACCUUGGUCAGAGACAAACACGGCGUCUCAGUAGCCUUGUUGGAUUAGAUCAGAGAUUUUUGAGAAAAAAAAUGAAGCAACAGAAGGGGACGGGGAAAAGAAAACACUCAACCAUUCCUGAAGAAGAGCCAGAAGAAGAACCAAAACCCAAAAUGCAGACUGUUCAGGAGGAAGAGGAUGUACUGUUUGGAGAGAGAGCAACUUAUGAUCGUCCAAUGACACCACUGGAGAAAUUGCAUAUUAUUGUUGGAUAUGCUAUUGUACGACAAGAUAUCAGAGAUGAAAUCUACUGUCAAAUCCUUAAGCAGUUAACCGACAAUAAGAACCACAAAAGUGCAAACAGAGGCUGGACUCUUCUGUCCAUCUGUCUGGGUAUUUUUCCCCCUACAGACCGCCUCACUAAGUACCUGCAGAGCUUUAUACGCUAUGGGCCAAGUGAAUACUCCUCCUACUGUGCAGAGCGACUGCGGAGGACUUUAGCCAAUGGUGAAAGAAGUGAGCCACCAUGCUGGGUUGAACUACAGUCUGUAGAGAACAAGAAGCCCAUUUCAGUAGCUGUGGGUCUGAUGGAUGGCAGAAGCAUCAGCGUCUCGUUGGAUUCAGCCAGCACUUCUGCAGAGGUGUGCAGUGCGAUUAUCCAGAAAAUAAAUCUGCAGGACACUUACGGCUUCUCCCUAUAUGCUGCAAUGUAUGAGAAGAUAUGGUCUCUUGGCAGUGGCAGUCAGCACGUCUUGGAUGCCGUGUCUAUGUGUGAGCAGGAAGAAAAGAGGCAGGGGAAAGAGGAACAACAUGCUCCUUGGCGCUUCUACUUCCGCAAAGAGAUCUUCACUCCAUGGCACGACUGUUCAUCUGACCAAGACAGCACAGAUCUCAUCUACAAGCAGAUCAUCCACGGACUCAAAAGUGGUGAUUAUCAGUCUGAUAAGGAGGAUGAUUAUGUGCAACUUGCUGCCAAACAUUACUAUAUACAACAUGGCUCUGAAAGCAGUAUGGAAACCACAAAUAAAAUUGUCCGUGAGUGCAUGAACAUGACUUUAAUUGAGACCAAGUCUGUGGCAAAGCUAGUGCAGUUGGUCCAUUCUGCACACACUCAGGGUCCUUACAUAAACUCUACUAAACCUGCCUUUGAAGUAAAAAUGGAGAUUGUCCAAUAUGCACAGGAGAAGUGGCCAAUCUAUUUCGCCAAGUUAUAUGAAGCUCAAAUUGUUUCAGGUCCCUCAGUGCCUCAAGACCAGUUUAUAGUUUUUGUGAACUGGAAGGGGGUCUUCUUUCAGGAUGUAACAGAGGCCGCGUUUCUGCAGCUCUCUUAUCCUGAGGUGUCAGGAAUUGAAAUGAGUGAGGAUGAGUCUGGUGGGAUUGUUUGUUUGAUGACUCCAAAGGGGUUGUUUGAGCUGAAGGUUGUGAAGGGAAAAGACUUAGUGGAGCUGGUCAACAUGUUCAUCUCAGGGCUUAAGGAGAGAUCCCAGUACGCUGUGGCAAUACAGGACCUUAGCAGACAAGAGGAUCCCAAUUUGCUGAGCUACAGAAGGGGUGAUGUACUGUUUAUCAUUAAGGAUGGGGAGUAUUCUUCUGAAGAAGGCUGGAUCAAAGCAAGGAAUGAGAGGACAAAUCAAACUGGAGCAGUUUCCUUAGAUGCCAUUCGGAUUUUGCCAAUGUUGACCAGGCCAACAGAAGAGACACUGAAUUUGCUGAAUUUGACCCCUGCACGAAGAAAGUCAGUGAUGCCAGUGUUGCCACAGAAGGAGGAGCUUAGCACAGAAAAAGUUGCCGUUGUGUCCCUUAAGGAGUUCUCUUUUGAUUAUUUCAGGGAGUCUAAAGAAGGUGGCCGUGGCAAAGGCGGGGCCAAAGAGAGACUGUGGGCCAACAGCAAAGAGCCUCUCAAACAGCCACUGCUCAGGAGCCUGCAGGGCAACUCAGAGCUCUGCCACCUUGCUUCUGACUGCUUCACAGCUAUCCUUAAAUAUAUGGGAGAUUAUCCAGUCAAGCAUGUGCGGACACCCAUAGAUCUAACAAACCAGAUCUUUGGGCCAACAUCAGCACACGUGGAACUAAGAGAUGAGAUCUACUGCCAAAUAAUGAAGCAGAUGACUAAUAACAACCAUGGGUUGAGUAUGGAGCGAGGUUGGCAGCUGUUGUGGCUAUGUUGUGGUCUCUUUCCUCCAAGUCAGUUGCUACUGAGACAUGCUCAACGUUUUCUGGAGUCCAGAACCAGAGAGCCUCUGGCGUCCAACUGCCUGCAGAGGAUGCAAGCUUUGCUCAGUAUUGAGGUAAGGAAGUUGCCUCCUCACCAGGUGGAAGUGGACGCCAUUCAGAAUAACAGCACUCAGAUCUUCCAUAAAGUUCAUUUUCCCAACGAUACAUCUGAAAUAUUUGAGGUGACCUCCACCACGAGGAUCAAAGACUUAUGCCACAACAUUGCUAAAGACCUCCGGCUCUCUUCCUCAGAUGGAUACUGUCUGUUUGUUAAAACAUCGACAAAGGUAGUAAGUAUGGAUUCUAAAGAGUACUUUUUUGACAACCUCAGGCAACUCACAGAUGUCGUCAAAAAAGGAAAGAAAGUUAAGGAGGCUACUCAAACUAUUGUGCCUUACCUGGUGCUCUUCAUGAGGAAGCUCUGGUUUAAUGUCAUCCCAGGAAAAGACAUAACUGCUGACCUUACCUUCCACUUUCCCCAGGAGUUGCCAAAGUAUUUGCGGGGUUACCAUGAUGUAACUAAAGAAGACAUGAUCAGCCUGGCAGGACUGCUGUUCCGUGUUCAGGUUGACACAGAUAAAUCACAGUUUGUCAUGAUCCCUAGAAUGCUGAAAGACCUGGUGCCAGCUGAUCAGCAGAGGAUCAUGACUCCUGAUGACUGGAAAAAGCACAUCAGCAAUGCAUACAACAAGCAGGCAGGCAUAACUGUAGACGAAGCCAAACUCCAGUUUCUGAAGACGAUCUCACAGUGGCCUACCUUUGGAUGUGUUUUCUUCGAAGUAAAGCAAACCUCAGAGAAGAGUUACCCCAGUGUUAUUAAUCUAUCAAUCAGCAAGCAAGGAGUUAGUAUCAUCAACCCUAAGACAAAGGAGGUGCUUGUGAUGCAUCUAUUCAGUAAGAUCACUUCCUGGUCUAGUGGAAACACCUAUUUUCACUUGACCAUCGGCAACCUGGUGCAGGGCAACACUCUGCUCUGUGAGACCUCUGUGGGUUAUAGAAUAAGUGAUCUCCUGUCCUCUUACAAGGAUAUGUAUCUGAAUGAGAUACCAAGGGUGCGGAAAUCGAGGAGGAUCAACAUGUAGUACAAUU